AUGUUAAUCGAUACGGUCGUCUCAUGGUGGGAUGGUCUCGCUUGCCAUUCAAUGCCGUCGAUACAUAACCUUAUUGUUUUCGUGGUCGGCUUUUUUCUUUUUCGCGCGCUUUCAUUCGUCAUUGAGUCAAAGGCCGUGUAUAGCGUGUACAUUCUUCUUGACUCCCAUUGUUUGUUUUUGUGCUUCGAUAGUCUUUUUUUAUACAUCUUUACUGACAUUUCUCUAUCAAUCAUUUUAUCACUCUUUCUUUUCAUCCUUCGUUAUCUCUCUCUUGAUUCUUAUAUCUCUCUAUCUCCCUCUCAUCAUCUUUCUGUAUACCUUCUCUCUAUGUCUAUCUAUGAUAUUGUCACCAAUCUAUCUAACCACUACCUUGCUCUUGAAAACUUUAGUCCUGGCCGGUUUCAUCUAUCUAUCUAUCUAUCUAUCUAUCUAUCUAUCUAUCUAUCUAUCUAUGUCAGUCUGUUCGUAUCUAUCUAUCUAUCUAUCUAUCUAUCUAUCUAUCUCAGUAAUUUCAUAAUCUAUCUAUCUAUCUAUCUAUCUAUGUCAGUCUGUUCGUAUCUAUCUAUCUAUCUAUCUAUCUAUCUAUCUAUCUAUCUAUCUAUCUAUCUAUCUAUCUAUGUCAGUCUGUUCGUAUCUAUCUAUCUAUCUAUCUAUCUAUCUAUCUAUCUAUGUCAUUCUGUUCGUGUCUAUCUAUCUAUCAUCUAUCAUAUCUAUCUAUCUAUGUCAGUCUGUUCGUAUCUAUCUAUCUAUCUAUCUAUCUAUCUAUCUAUCUAUGUCAGUCUGUUCUUAUCUAUCUAUCUAUCUAUCUAUGUCACAAUCUAUCCAUCAAUCUAUCUCAAAACUUUUUGUUAUCUAUCUAUCUAUCUAUCUAUCUUAUCUAUCUAUCUAUCUAUUUCAGCCUUUCGAUCCCCAUGGAUGAAUUCAUGUUUUGAAUCUAUCUAUCUAUCUAUCUAUCUAUCUAUCUAUCUAUCUAUCUAUCUAUCUCAGGCCGUUUAUAUCUAUCUAUCUAUCUAUCUAUCUAUCUAUCUAUCUAUCUAUCUCAGUCCGUUUAUAUCUAUCAUAUCUAUCUAUAUGUCUGAUCAUAUCUAUCUAUAUGAAACUAAAGCUGUUGUUUCAAUUAAUUUGCACAAUGGUGUAUUUAUAUAUAAAUCUGUUUAUCUCUCUCUCUUUAUCUAUCUAUCUAUCUAUCUAUCUAUCUAUCUAUCUAUCUAUCUAUCUAUCUAUCUAUCUAUAUAUAUAUAG